GUCACGUGGGGGCGCGGCCGGCGGCAGCUGCGGCGGCGUGACGGGGGCGGCGGCCGCGCGGCGGUGGCGGGAGCGGCUCCGGAGACUGCGCCGCCUCUGCAGAUUGGCCUCCAGAGAAGACAGCAGCGUCUUCCCGAAGGCCCAGGAGCGGCAGAGAGGCCGCCAUGGCUGCCGUGGACAGCUUCUACCUCUUGUACAGGGAAAUCGCCAGGUCCUGCAAUUGCUACAUGGAAGCUCUAGCCUUGGUUGGAGCCUGGUAUACGGCCAGGAAGAGCAUCACUGUCGUCUGUGACUUUUACAGCCUGGUCAGGCUGCAUUUUAUCCCUCGCCUGGUGAGCAGAGCGGAUCUGAUCAAGCAGUAUGGAAGAUGGGCAGUUGUGAGCGGCGCAACAGAUGGGAUUGGAAGGGCCUAUGCAGAGGAGCUAGCAAGCCGUGGUCUCAACAUCGUCCUGAUUAGUCGGAACCAAGAGAAGUUGCAGAUGGUUGCUAAGGACAUAGCUGACACCUACAAAGUGGAAACCGAUAUUAUAGUCGCGGACUUCAGCAGCGGCCGUGAGAUCUACGACCCGAUUCGAGAAGCCCUAAAAGACAAGGACAUUGGCAUCUUGGUAAACAACGUAGCGGUGUUUUAUCCCUACCCCCAGUAUUUUACUCAGGUCUCCGAGGACAAACUCUGGGACAUCAUCAAUGUGAACAUUGCUGCGGCUAGUUUGAUGGUUCAUAUAGUGUUACCGGGAAUGGUGGAGAGAAAGAAGGGCGCGGUCGUCACUAUCUCUUCCGGCUCCUGCUGCAAACCGACUCCCCAGCUGGCUGCAUUUUCUGCUUCUAAGGCUUAUUUAGACCACUUCAGCAGAGCACUGCAGUAUGAGUAUGCUUCUAAAGGAAUCUUUGUACAGAGUCUGAUCCCCUUCUAUGUGGCUACCAACAUGACCACACCCGGCAGCUUCCUGCACAAGUGCCCAUGGCUGGUGCCUUCGCCAAAAGUAUACGCACAUCAUGCUGUUUCUACCCUUGGCAUUUCAAAAAGGACCACGGGAUACUGGUCCCAUUCUAUCCAGUUUCUCUUUGCACAGUAUAUGCCUGAAUGGCUCUGGGUGUGGGGAGCAAAUAUUCUCAAUCGUUCUUUACGUAAGGAGGCCUUAUCCUGCAAAGCAUGAAACUGGAUGAUGGUUUGGGAAGUUUUGCCAACUCAUGGGAACCUGCAGUAUUCUGACAUUUGGAAGAACACACUUAAUUUAUCUUCUGUAUUUUCUUUUAUUACUGGUUAUUUAGCAUACUGUUGACUCAUCAUUUGCAAGGCAAACAAAAUACUUUUAGAGAAUGCUGUGGAAAAACCUCAAGGGCCACGUGGAUGGCACAGAGUAAAUAAUGACCACGGCACAAAAACGGAUUGAGAAGACCUGGAUUUUGAUGCUUUUUUCCCUAAGCUGUUCAAAGUUGUGUGAUUUCUGUUGUUCUCCGAGCCACAGCAAUCUGAUAUGGAAAUAUACUUAUAUAGUAUGACUUGUCAGCUCUUACAAUUUUAGAUGUUUUUUAAGGGAAAUUAUCUCGGUAGAUGAAUUAUAGUAUUGGUUUUCAAAUGUUCAUCAGGAAAGACCAUUUAAAAGUGUUAUUGUAUAAGUAAGAUUGCUAGUGUAGAACUCUGUGUUAUACUGUAUAGCUCUAGUUAUUUGUCUGUGUAUGAAAGUGCUGCUCUGCAAUCGAUAUUCAUUAGAGAACCAUCCAUGUAUGUAUAUUGCGUGUGUCUUGGCAACUUUAUUUAUGGGUAAGUUACCUUAAAGGAGAUUUCUUGUCAAGGUGGCUUAACAUGGAACCUUAUGAGGUAUUAAAAUUCUAGAUUCUUUUCAUACUACACAAGCCUACCCAAUUUUGUGCUACAUAUUUGCCUUGUAUAAUAUUACUUACUACUGUCUUUUUUUUUUUUUUUACUCUACUAUGGAAUUAAUUCAUUCCUAGAUUUGGACAUGUAAUGGUUGACUCUCAGUCAUCUCUUAUUUUAUGAUUAUUGUGGAUAAGUAGUGAAUUCUUAGCCUAUGAUCUUGACCCAUUUUAUAACUGAAAUUUAGCCCUUUAGAAAGAGCUUGUUAUAUCUGGUUUUCGUGUACUUUUCUAUGUAAUAUUAUUCCAUUCCAGUAGCAUUAUUGGUGUAAGCAUCAAGUAUUUAUGGAAUAAUAGUUAAAAUAUGGACAAAUUACAUGUGUGAUAUGAUGUGUCUGUUCAAAUAAGUUAGAAGCUCAUUCUUGGUUUGUGUAAUGAAUUAACACAUUAUAGUGAAUACUUUUAUUGAUGUGAAGAUAAUUAUGCACAAUCCUCCACAAUAUGGGUUAGCAUUGAAACCUACUGUGAAAUGUUUUUGGUUCAGGUCCUAUAAAGCCAGACAUUUUUGAGGACCACAUAUCUUUUGCUUUGACAAUUGUAAAUCAUUAUAUGAAUAUGCCAAUAUGUGCAGAUUAAAAAUUCGGAGUUUAAUAUCCUGACACUGAUGCAGGAAGUAGUAAGUUGAUUGAAAUCAGAACUUUCAUGGAAUUCUUUUCUCCUGAGACGAUAUUCCAUUGGGAGUAGGCAUAAGCACGCUUUAUGUUAUACCCACAAUUUUGCCAGUGAUGUUGCCUCGGUUUUUCCGUAUCUGACUUGGACUCCAAAGAUGAGUGGUUGAGUUUAGAAGCGCUUCCACUUAAUCAGGCCUUCAGCACGUAAGGGGAGGACCUUCAGCUGUGAAAACUUCCACGCUGGUGGUACUACAUAACACUGAAGGUUUUGAUGCCCUUAGCUGGGAAGCCUUUUUGCCAUAUUUUGCAGUUUCCCUCACCCAACAAUUUAUGCUCAUUAAGACUAGAAAAAAUUUGACUUCAUGCCACAUUGACCUGAACUUUGGUGUGUAAUAAGCAGCAGCAACUUUAUGUAAAAAUACCUUAUUUAUAUCUAAGGUGUUAUGUGGUACGGCAGUGUCUUACAUGUACAGCUUAGGUAUUGAACCGUUGCUUCAUGAUAAGAAUAAAUAAACCAUGUCAGUGAUGUUUUAAAAUUCUAUACUUGGCAGGACAUAUGUAAAUAGGCUGAUUGGCGCAAAGUUAGUUAAAGAUCAAAACCAAGAUGCUUCCUUAGGUUUUUCUCUUUCAUAAAAUACUUUCACCCAGAGCUCAUUUGAGAGUCAUGAUUGGGCCACUGUAGGAUGGGGUUUCUUAUUAAGAAUAUGGGAAAUAAGAACGUUUGAAAUGAUCCGUGAACUCAAAAUUUAACAGUAAAAGAAGUUGCUUCUGCUUCUUUUGGAGGAGAUUUUGCUCCAAAUGUUUGUAAAUUGGUUGUUUGGAAUGAGAGAUCCAUUUUUUCCCAUAGAAACAAUCAUUUAAAAAUUAUAAAAAAUUAAUCUAUGAACACCUGUGGUAGUAAUUCAUUAAAAGCUGGUAAUUCAGCAAGAAAAUUGUACAUAACCAUGUGUCUAAUAAGUCUUUUGAAACUACUGAGUUGACUUCUUGAUCUCCUCCUCCUGAUAGGUGAGUCAGAUGGAGGUUGAUUUUGAUCUUUGGCUUUCCGCAAUCUGGAGAUGCCUGGGGGUUUUGCGGUGAGCCAUUUCCUCGAGUUGGGGGGAUGAAAGGUAGACUGUAGUGGGUUCAAGAAAGAGUGGGAAGAAAAAGGGAGACAGCAAGUAGAGACAGCUGAGGAGUUUUGUUUUGUUUUGUUUUGUUUUAACCUUAAUUUAAAAUCUUGUCACAUUUUGGAACCAGAGGGUUGGGGGUUGUCCUCAGUCUUGACAUUGUGUGCCCUUGAAAACCAAGUUGUCUCUCUGUGUCUCUAUCUCAGUAUUGGCUCUGCUGUUAAUCUUUACAAUAGCAUUUAGUUUGAAUAAAGAUUUACCUUCCCAUGGAA